AGACAAGUCAUGUGACACCGCGGUAUUGACUUCCUCAAUAUUUACCUCACGUUGUUCUGCUACUUCUCAUUUUUUAUUUCCCACUACUUCUCAUUUUAAUUUCCACGAUGCUUCCCGCUGCUGCAGUUUUUCACUUCCCCUGGGAAGUAAACUCUGGAGCAGUGCAGGAAGGAGAAUCAGUGAGAGUGUUUGGCAGACUUGUCUGCUACCAGCCUGAGGAGUCCAGGGCUACACUCUCAGCUCAGCAUGCUUCAAAGGAGCACCACGUCAUCAUCCAUACCCUGUUUGUGGAGCCUUUUAACCCAAUAAUUGGGGCCCAGUACAUGGUCCUGGGUGAGACUGAAAAUGCUGAGGGUGUUGGUGUGAUGGUCCGUGCCCGUGUGCUGAACUGCGUUGAUGGUGUAAACGUUGCCCUUCUUCAGAAAGCCAUCAAUGAGCAAAGGAGCUUCUUCAGGGAGAGGGAGAGCAAACAGGGUGAUGCUGCAAGUGCAACCUGAUCAGGGUCUCUGUUCAUCAAGUUUCCCAGGGUGCUUGUUGACUAUCAGGACUACAGCGCCGCCUCUGGAGCGGUCUGCCAAAGUGCACUGAAGCAUUGUUAAACUAAAACAUUUAAAAGUUAGUAUGACUGUCUUGUAUACCACUGACCGGUACAGUUUAUUAGUCCUGGGGUUUGCCAUUUGAAAAUUAAAGCCUCAAAUGAACAGAUUAAAUGAUAUGAGUAGUAGUGAUGGUAUGAGUACAUUACUUAUGAAUGGUGCUUAUUUUUUAUCCAUGUCUCUCAGACCAGUAUGGCCUUAAUGUGGACUAUUACUAGUAGAUCAGUAGUGAUUAGUCUAUUUAUUGAUUAGUCCAUAUGAUCAGCAAGGAACAGUUUUUUAGAGCUGAUUAGUUGUCACUGUUGUUUUUCUUGCAAAAAUGCCUUAUACUAUGUUUUCUGAUUCCAGCUUCUUUUUGCUGCUUUUCUUUCUUUACCAUGAUGGCAUGGUUUUAGACUGUUGGAAAAAAAAAAAAAGCAAUGUUAGCACUUUGGGAAAUUGUACCAGUCAUUUUUCAUUAUUUUCUCAUAUUUCGUAGACCAGUUGGUAGAUGAUAAUAAAAUUAACUG